UUCCAGGGCUUACUAGAGUGUGUCGUGUUGAGCAUCCAUGGAGCAAUUACAGAGCGCUCUUCAAGACCGUGGCUUAAUGGUUUCUUAUUCACCAGACAAAGGCCGUUGUCUCUUUACCUCCCGAGAUUUCUAUCCAGGAGAGGUGAUUUUAAGUCAGGAGCCUUACGUUUGUGUAUCUAACAACUCAUAUUCUGAGUCAAAAUGUGACGGAUGUUUCGCGGCGGGCAAAUUGAAAAAGUGCUCAGCGUGUCAGGUUGUGUGGUACUGUGGGAGCGAUUGUCAGAAGCUGGAGUGGAGGUUGCAUCGCCUUGAAUGCCAAGUUCUUUCUAGGCUUGACAAGGACAGGCGAAAAUCUGUUACCCCUUCUAUACGUCUCAUGCUAAAACUCUACCUUCGGAGAAAAUUGCAAAGUGAAAAGGUUAUCCCUACCACGCCCAUGGACAAUUAUAAUUUGGUAGACGCAUUGGUUGCUCACAUGUCAGACAUUGAUGAGAAGCAGCUGGUGCUAUAUGCACAGAUGGCCAACCUUGUCAACUUGAUUCUUCAAUGGCAAGAAAUCAACAUAAAAGAGAUUACAGAAAAUUUUUCCAAGCUUGCAUGCAAUGCACAUACCAUUUGUGACAGUGAACUGAGACCUCUGGGAACAGGAUUGUACCCUGUCAUUUCAAUUAUUAAUCACAGCUGCUUGCCUAAUGCUGUUUUAGUAUUCGAAGGAAGAUUGGGUGUGGUGCGUGCUGUGCAACAUAUACCUAAAGGUGCUGAGGUACUGAUAAGUUACAUAGAGACUGCUGGAAGCACCAUGACAAGGCAAAAGGCUCUCAAAGAACAAUACCUUUUCACUUGUGCAUGUCCUCGCUGCGUUAAACUGGGUCAAUUUGAAGAUAUCAAAGAAAGUUCAAUUCUCGAAGGUUACCGAUGCAAGGAUGAUAAUUGCAGUGGCUUCUUGCUUCAUGGUUCUGAUGACAGGGGAUUUACAUGCCAACAAUGUGGCCUUGUUAGGAGUAAGGAGGAGAUAAAAACUAAAGCUAGCGAAAUCAAAGCAUUGUCAAACGGCAUUCUUACUUCUAUGUCCAGGGGUAACAAACAGGAAGUUCUUUCUAUCUAUAAGAUGAUUGAAAAACUCCAGAGGAAUUUAUGCCAUCCCUUUUCAAUCAGUUUAAUGCAAACUCGAGACAAACUUAUAAAGAUACUGAUGGAGCUAGAAGAUUGGAGAGAAGCUCUGAAAUAUUGCCGGUUGACUAUUCUGGUGUAUCAAAGAGUAUAUCCUCCAUUCCAUCCUUUGCUUGGACUGCAACACUAUACCUGUGGAAAACUUGAGUGGUUACUUGGGGAAACAGAAAAUGCAAUCAAAUCUCUGACCAAGGCAGUGGAUGUUUUGCGAAUUACACAUGGAACAAAUUCACUUUUCUUUAAGGAACUUUUGAUGAAGUUGGAGGAAGCACGUGCUGAAGCCUCUUACAAACCUUCAUUGGAAGAUUAAUAACAAUUUCCAUCUCCCACAAUUUUUUUUCAGUAUCAGAAUUCUCUGUCGAUCAUCAUGGGAAAAGAAAGCACAAGCAAUAAUACAGAUGAAUUUUGUGUUCAACCAUCACCACUGCAGUUUUCUUGCAUUGAGCAUGUAGCAGAAUUUGUUUACAAAGAUGCUUCCAAAAGAUCACAUUGUUGAAUGUAUUAAUGUGUUCUAAACUAUGAGGGGAAUCACGCAUAAGCACAACAGCAGCCAGUUCUAUUUUAAA